UCCAUCGGCCUUGGUAGCUCGAUCCCCUUUCUUACCGAAACCCUAAACGGAAGGAGGGCGAGGCGCUGCCGCCGCCGGACAGGAUGGGAGGCGAGGCGCGGCGGCCGCCGGCGUGCGUAUUCAAGGUGCUCGACGACGACGACCUCCUGACGGAGAUCAUCGUCCGCGUCGGCUUCCCCACCAGCCUCGUCCGCGCCGCCGGCGUCUGCAGGCGCUGGCUCAGCCACGCCUCCGACCGCGCAUUCCUCCGCCGUUUCCGCGAGCUCCACCCGCCAAGACUCCUCGGCUUCUACAUCGUAGAGUGGAGGUAUCCGGCCGCCGCACGCUUCAUCCCGAUUCUGCAUCAGCCCCCGGAGCUCGCUGCCGUCGUCCGCCGCGCAAACUUCAGCGAGGGGCUACCCUUCUCCAAAAAAGAAGGGGAUACCAUGGUGGGCUGCUCGAACGGCAGCGUCUUCACCCGCCGCCUAAACUUCACCAGCUGCAGAAACUUCGACCUGGACACCUACGAGCUUGUAUUCACAGUGCACAGCCCGCUGCGCUAUGGAGGAGGUAUGGCCGUCCUCCCAGGAUUACAUCUCAGAAUGCCCUCUUUGUACAGUUGGGCACAACUCUUCUCCAAAGAAGAUGGGGACGGGUCGUCCUACUUUUACGUCACGGUGGAGGCCCUGGAUACCAUGGUACCUACGUUAAAUGUUUAUAUGUUGGGAAAUGGUGAUGCUGCCUGGCACAAACAUCUCACGUUGGCGUCGGACCUCCUCUGCCGUCCAUCUAGUCCGAAAGGCGUGCUCGUUGACAACAAAAUCUAUGUCGCGACCUACAAUGCAAUUGUUGUCCUGGAUUUGACAUCCUCAACCUUAUCGACAAUUCAGCUCCCACACGGGGUGGGUUUUGGCCUAGGUGCCACCGUGUUGUCACGGGCCGAUGAUGGUUCUGUUUUAUAUCUCAUCCAUAUCAAAGAGCUUCAACUUCACAUCUGGCUCCACAAUGGGGACAACUGGCUGCUGGUGGACACCAUUUGCUUGAGUGAAAUGUGUGCUAGUUUUCCUGAGGAUGAGCUUACUAGUAUCCGGAUAAACCAUGUGGGGGACUAUAAUGAGUAUGUAUUCUUGGAGAUGGAUCAAUAUGCACUCUACUUGGAUGUCAAGUGCAGGACGCUGCGUAAGGUGUGCGAGAUGACAGCAGAUGAGUAUUCUUUGGGUGAUAUCUAUCCUUUUAUGAUGAGCUGGCCUCCCAUUUUCCCUACUCUCAGUCCUGCAAGGGAUGCCACUUGAAGAACGAGGAUAUGAGGAAAGCUUUUGGAUGAGUUGUGACAAGGGUGCCACCAACGAAGAGCACAGGGCUGCAUUUCCUCACUAGCAGUUCUAACCGUGUUCAUUUUAACUAGCAGUGGAUUGAUUAGGAUGGUAUGUAACUUGAGCAGCUACUCCUGUCAUGUGGCAUCAGUCGGUUAGUACUGUAUGCAUCAGUAGUGUUAGUGUGUAACACUCUCGCCUGGUUUGUUUGUGUUGUUGUCCACUCCAGAUCGCUACUUGUGAAAAGCGUCUUAUUUUGUAUGUUGAGUAGCUAUAUAAUCUGAUCUAGUACUUCCGUUGAAGUCUUG